AUGAGUCCUUCAACCUCCUCAAACCACCUCUCUGCAACCAUACCCACCACCACCUCACAACCAACCCAUAAGAAGCCAUCCAAGUCCAAGGACCGCCAUUUGAAGGUGAAUGGCCGAGGUCGUCGUAUCCGCAUUCCGAUUGUAUGUGCUCAGCAAGUCUUUCGGCUUAAUCAAAUCCUCGGCCAUCGAACCAGUGGUCAGACCAUCGAAUGGAUCCUCAAACAGGCUGAGCCCACUGUCACCAAUAUUCUUGAUAAUGCCACCACUGUGCCACCCUCUGAUCCUUCUUCUUUAGCCCCUUCAGUGGCCAAAGAAAGUCCGACUCCUCUUGAAAAUCGGGAUUUUGAAGUCACUGAACCGGGCUUUCUGUCUGUUCAAGACUAUGAUGUUCUUGUGAACUAUGAAGAUGAUUUUUUUGUUAAUGAGUUUGCCAACAUGCCUAUGUACUUCUAG